AUGGCUGCCAAAGACUUAGAGGAACCAAAAAGUCUUCCUCAAUCAAGAUACAGUGACAUUGCGCCCAAUGAUCCUGGUGGCGAUCUUUACCCCGAGGGUGGCCUGACUGGUUGGCUUUGCGUCUUUGGCAGUUUCAUGGGGCUUCUCGCCAGUCUGGGCGUGGUGAACUCUUUGGGAACAUUUCAGGCUUAUCUAGAAGCACACCAACUACAAAAAUACAACUCUGGUCAGAUUGGAUGGAUAUUCAGCAUAUACACCUUUUUAACCUUCUUUUGUGGCAUCAUAGUCGGCCCCUUUUUCGACGCGCGAGGGCCACGAGUACUGGUUCUUGUCGGAUCGAUUUUAACCAUGAUAACAAUGACCACCCUCGGGUUAUGCGUCGAGUACUGGCACUUUCUGUUGUCUUUUGGCUUUUGUGGAGGCUUGGGAACAUCUCUUGUCUUCACACCUGCUAUAGCAGCUGUUAGCCAUUUCUUCCUUCAGAAGCGCGGCAUCGCAACAGGAAUUGCAGCAGGAGGUGGUGCGAUAGGAGGUGUAAUAAUACCCCUUGUGCUGGAAAGCCUCAUUGAACAGAUUGGGUUUGCUUGGGCAACCCGGGUCCUAGCUCUUAUAUGGCUCGUCUGCCUAGGAGUUGCCUGCAUCACAAUCACAUCUCGCCUACCGACGAAGCCUUUUUCUAAGGAGAACAUUCUUCCUGAUCUUCGAAUCUUUCGAAAUAUCCCAUUCCUACUGACUACCUUGGCGGUUUUCUUUGUAGAGUGGGGGCUCUUCAUCCCAAUAUCGUACAUCUCGUCGUACGCCCUAGCUCAUGGAGUCUCGCCCAAGCUAUCGUACCAUCUCCUCGCCAUUAUGAAUGCAGGGUCGUUCUUCGGUCGCGUUCUUCCCGGCUACUUCGCCGACCGGCUGGGACGCUUCAAUGUUUUGAUUAUCACUGUCGCUCUUUGUCUGCUCUCCAAUGUUUGCCUGUGGUUGCCAGCAUCAGGAAGCGUACCCAUGCUAGUCGUUUAUAGCUGCGCUUUUGGAUUCUUUAGUGGCAGUGGUAUAAGUCUCACUCCCGUUUGCAUAGGGCAGCUAUGUGAGACGGAGCACUACGGGCGCUAUUAUGCAACGGCUUACACAGUUGUCAGUUUGGGAACUCUGACAGGCAUACCCAUUGCGGGAGAGAUAUUGUCGCGCGCCAACGGAGAUUAUUGGGGUUUGAUUAUCUUUACCACAUGCUGUUACGCUGGUGGACUAAUCUGUGCUAUUUCUGUAAAAGUCAUGCAGUGUGGCUGGUGUAAUAUUUGGUCAUUUUACUAA